AUGGCGAACUCUGAAAGUCGCAACGAGUUCGCUGUACAUCCUUACCUGUUCGAGCCGGUCGCCACAGUUAGAGCGACGACCGAAGACGCUGCCAGCACCGAUGAUCCGGCACAAGAAAGUGUGUCCCAACCGGCCACCUUCACCCGCGUCGGAAACAUGGACUGGUGCUCAUGCACGCGCUGCGUGCCAAUGAAGAACGAGGAGGACUGCUGCUGCUGCCUCGAGAUUCGGCAGAUCCGCGACCGGCAGAAACAUCCCCGGUGCAUCACAACGACAAAAAAAUUUAAAAGUGUGUGCUUAAACAAGGACGUUUUGGAAGUGGCCUUACAACAGAAUGGCACGCCAGUUGACUCGUCAAGUCAGAUGUCUGUUAAAAACAGGAGGUCUGACAAACACCUGUGA